GCAAUAGCCAUAACCUCUCUUUUCCUUGUAUAUAAAGGGUUAGUUAGGUAAUGAAAUUUUGUCAAUAACACCACCACCACAUAGCUAGCAACUCAACAAGAUUCAAGAACCAAGAAAACUCCAUUAAAACCCCAGAUGGAACCUUCUUUCUUUCAUCAAUACCUGAAACCAGAGAUCUCUUUCGAUUCUUUACAAUUUCUUUCUUGGGAAGAGCCUUUUCUUUACCACACCAAUUCCUUCCCAUUCGACGGCAAUGACUCCGAAGAAAUCCUUGUUUUCGAUGCUCUAGCCCAAGAACCCAAAAAAGAAUUCUCAGAAUCCAACUCCACUACCGGAACUAAAGAAGAGGAAGUCACUUACCAAGAAGAAGUUUCCGUUUCCAAACUCAAGAAAGAGAAAUCUUUCAGAGGAGUGCGAAAGAGACCAUGGGGAAAGUACGCCGCGGAGAUUAGGGAUUCCACCAGAAAUGGCAUAAGGGUUUGGUUAGGCACCUUUGACAGUGCGGAGGCAGCUGCUUUAGCCUACGACCAAGCAGCAUUUUCCAUGCGGGGUUCGAUGGCUAUACUCAAUUUUCCGGUGGAGAUGGUGAGAGAGUCACUUCAAGACAUUACGCAUAGAUGUGAAGAUGGGUGUUCGCCGGUGAUGGCGUUAAAGAGGAGGCACUCGAUGAGACGAAAGUCGACGAGCAAGAAAAGUAAAGGGAAAGAGGUAAAUAGUAAGCCAAAGAAUGUGGUGGUAUUGGAGGAUUUAGGAGCUGAGUAUUUAGAAGAGCUUUUAAGCUCAUCUUGCGAAGGAAGUCCCAAUCCUUGGUGAAUAAUUAAUCGGCAUCUAAUCUUUUGGUCCAUUAUUUUCUUUUUUCAGAUCUUAAUUCUUAAUUUCUCUUUCAUUUCUUUUUCACUUGUGCUUGUCCACUGCGUACAGCCAAGGCUAUUUACUUUUCUUGAUGCCUGGAGAGGUGCCAUGGUGGGGUUCAGCUUUCUUUGUCAAUCCCUGUUAUUUGUUCUGAAAUUGUAAAGUUGAAAAGGAUGCUUAUGUUUAUUAUGAGAAAAAAAAAAAAAGCAAUGGCUUUAUCUUCUCUUCAA